AUGAUUCCGACAAACACCGAGGCUUCCUGGCAUCGAGGCUCCCUCGGCUUCAUCCUCACUUCGUUCUUUUUGUAUCUGACUGAGCCCGGUGUCAGAGGCACCUGCGACCCGUCGUUCCUCGAGCGUUUCCUCCGCCUCAAUAUCAACCAGACGAUGACGCAGACCGCUAUGGCCACCACGGCAACUCCACCGACCACGCCUCCGACGAUGGCACCUGUCGAGUUCGAAGAGGAGCCGGACGGAGGUGACGUGGCUGUCGCCGUGUCCGAAGGAUCUACGCUCCUGGUCGCGUCUGGGUCGUCGGACUCCGUACCUAUCACCAUGAUCCUCUGUCCACUGUAG